AUGGGUGGCGGAGCCUCGGAACAGGUUCGCUGGAGUGAGGGUGGGAAGGACACGUCAGAAUUAGGCGGCAACGUAAAAAGGGAUAGCAAAUAUACUGAUAGUAAAUUUGAGUUUGCCAGAAGGAGUGACAGUGGCUAUCAAAGGAGCAGCAGCCGGACCAAUGGUAACAACAGUGAGCAUGACAAAAGCCGCAGGAAUGAAUCAGCCGAGUCCGCUCUACACGACUAUAACGAGUACAAUCAUAACGAGUACAAGAACAUCCCGGGGUGGGAGUGGGAGGAGGGCGAGCAGGAGGAGGAGGCAGCAGAGGCCGAGUUUGAGGCAGUGGCCCGCCUGUGGGAGGAGAUGGAAGCUUCUGGGAAGGUGCACCCGCUGAGUGCCCCUGUGGGGGGAUUGCGAUGGAAGCAGGAGGCUCAGGAACGGUUCCCGGAUCUAGCCCGCACUGCCGGCGUGUUCCCUUACAUGGGGGAUGUGAUCGAGAGGGAGGAGCUAGACACGCCCUACUCCUGCCGCUUGGCCCGCACUGCCGGUGUGUUUCCCUACAUGGGGGAUGUGAUCGAGAGGGAGGAGCUAGACACGCCGUAUGACUACGCCCCUCCUCCAGAGAUUGACAGUGAAGCCUCUGCAAUGAUCGACAAGCUUCAAGACCUGCUGACAGCCCUCCGCCUCUUCCUCCCCCACGCGCUCUCCCCCACACUCGCCGCACCUCCGUUGAAUCUGGAAGCUUUCAAGAAGGAGGGGGAAGGAGGGGUUGGCCAGGGGGGCUGGGAGAAGCAAGGGAAGGGACAGGAGGAAGAGGAAGAGGAGAAUGAGAAGAUUCACAAGGACAAACAGCAGCGUCGUCAUCAGCGGCAGUGGCAGGGGCAGGAACAGCAGGGGCAGCAGCAAGUGGGGGGAGGAGGGGAUGGCCAGGGGGACUGGGAGAAGCAAGGGAAGGGACAGGAGGAAGAGGAAGAGAAGAAUAGGCGAGGCUGUGCCCAUUCCUUCAUCCAUUGUGUUUCCUCCCUCGUUCAAUCCGCAUCCUUGGCCUCACCUUAUCUCUACUCCCUUUCAUCCAUGGUGUUCAGAGGCCUCACCUUAUCUCUACUCCCUUUCAUCCAUGGUGUUCAGAGGCCUCACCUUAUCUCUACUCCCUUUCAUCCAUGGUGUUCAGAGGCCUCACCUUAUCUCUUCUCCCUUUCAUCCAUGGUGUUCAGAGCCUCACCUUAUCUCUACUCCCUUUCAUCCAUGGUGUUCAGAGGCCUCACCUUAUCUCUACUCCCUUUCAUCCAUGACCGUCGCUGGAUCACUGCCCUCUGGACAAUCCUCUUAGCUAAGAGCGGGCGGCAAGCAGUGGCAGGCAUGGGGCUGUCCGACUGGUGGAAGAGGAAUCUUCCUGAGCACGAGGCGGAGAUCAGGAGGAACCUUCCUGAAGAGGAGGGGCAGGAUGAAAGGGGUGGCACGGGCCGAACCGCAGCUCCGGCAGGGCAGCCUGGCUCGGCAGCGAGCGCACCCGCAGGCUCGCCACUAGCCUCGGCAGCGAGCGCCGACCGAGCCUCGGGUCCAGGCUCGGAUCAGGCUGGGAGCGAGCGCAGGGGCUGGAAUCUGCUGUUCGGCGGGGGAGGGGAAGAGAGAGGGGGGCAGGGCGCGGGGGGAAGGGGAGGGGGCGCAGCGGCGGAUGCGGAGAGCAAGGGGGAGAGCGGCGGCGGAUGGUUAUCGCGGUUCCAGACCUUUCUGGGGCUGGGGAAGGGCGGCGCGGGGAAGGCAGGGGAACCGAAGCGCUUGACACACGCGGAGGGUCUUACUGAAUUCGCCAACCAGCUGAAGCGGGCGCGGCAGUUCGGGCAGCUGACAACUUUCGGGAAAAGUCUGCCCAAGGGCGGGCAGAGCGUGGUGACAAAUUCUCUGAGGAAGCAGGAAGUCAUCACUCUGGCCCUUGCCUCCUAUGCUGCUGAAGCCAAACUGGCCGACGAGCGGCUAUCCAUCCCCUUCAGUGUGCGGCAGCGCGUUGCCAGCGAGACCGGCAGCACCAUGGGGGAGAUUGACAUGCUCUUAGCUAAGUACGAGUGGUUUGCCGAAGCGGCCAACAGAAUGCAGGCGCUGCAAGACCAGGGCAAACCGCUCCCUCGGUCCUUUGCAGAGAUCGAGCAAAUGAUGGGCGGGCCUUGGUCCCCACCCAAAACGGGAGCACGUUCGGGUGCUAGUGCUGGUUUGGCUGGCGGUGCAGGCUCGGCAGCAGCAGCUCCAGCUCGCAACAACCCAUGCCCAUGUGGGUCUGGGAAGAAAUAUAAGAGGUGUUGUGGAGCUGGGACAAAAUAA